GUUAUUGGUGAGCACACGGUGUCCAUACGGACGUUAAACCAUACACAGGGCAUAUAGUCACAGCAACCAGCCCUUUACACACAGAGCUGUCAAAAGACGGCUCAAACGAGAAUCAAGAAGAAGAAGAAAUACACUAAAAGACUGGCGUACGAAUUGAAAAAUAACUUUUGGUUUUUAGGAUAGUCUAUAAAAUUCUUGCUUUCUGGCUAGAGUUUUGAUUAUUCUUUGUUAGUGUGCUAUUGUGCGAACGGAAAUGGUAGAAUCUGUUUCAACAAAAAUGGAGAAAGAAUCUGGCGCGAUAAAGGUGGAAGAGUUCUCGACACUCGAUUCUUUGUUGAAUGUUAUAAAGUCUGAUCUAUCACAGACAUGUGCAGUGGAAGGUGAACCUGCAAUCGACAGCACUCACGACAAAACCGGUAGAACGGAGACGGUUGCAGCAGUAGAUGGUAAAAGUGCCACUUCUAGUCCAAGCAACACAACUGAAUUGAAAGCGAGUCCUAAAGCGCAUCAUACAGGAGAAAAACAUUACAGGUGCGAUAUAUGCAAGAAAGCUUUCUUCCUUGAAAGGCAACUGCGGGUUCAUAUGACGAAACACAUCUCGGAACGUUCCCACAAAUGUCUCAUUUGUGGGAAAGCGUUUAGGAAUAAACCGUACCUUUCGAAACAUACGCGCCUCCACAGUGACGAGCGACGAUACAGAUGUGACAUCUGUGGCAAAGAAUACAAAUCAGCAAGUAAUCUUAAUCCACACAAGAAGUAUCACACAAGCGGCGAUGAUGAAUUGCACAAAUGCACCAUUUGUGGGAAAAGAUUUGUUUAUCCCUCUACUCUUUUAAAACAUAUGCAGACUCACAGUGACGAGCGACAGUACAGAUGCGACAUCUGCGGCAAGGAUUAUAAAUCAGCUAAUCAUUUAAAUCAACACAGGAAAUAUCACACAUCCCAUGAGCAUGAACUGCACAAGUGCGCCAAUUGUGGAAAAGGUUUCGUGCAUCGAUAUGAACUCGUACUACAUAUGUACACUCAUAGUGGCGAACGAUUAUUCCACUGUGACAUCUGUGGAAAAUCGUACAAAUUAGCAAGUAAUCUCAAUAACCACAAGAAGUAUCACACAUCCAGUGAAAAAGACCUGCACAGAUGCGACUUUUGUGGGAAAGGCUUCGUGCAUCGCUACGCACUCGUAGAACAUCUGGACAUUCACAGUGACGUGCGUCGGUUUAAGUGUGACAUCUGUGGCAAGCAGUACAAAACAAGAGGAGUUCUCAAUCAGCACAGGAAGACACAUGAAAGCAAACAUUCGUUCAAAUGCGACGAAACAUUUACCAAAGCCCUCAAGCUUAGCGAUCAUAAAUUACAUCAUACAGGGGAGAAAAAUUACAGCUGUGAUAUAUGUAAAAAAGCUUUCUGUCUGAAAAUGCAGCUAAGGGUUCAUAUGACGCAACACAUCUCGGAUCGCCCCCAUAAAUGCCUCGUUUGCGGAAGAUCGUUCAGUUUCAAAUCUUCCCUCGCAAGACAUAAGCACCUUCACAAUGAUGAGUAGCGGUAUCUGUGGCA